AUGGCCGCCCAAGUCAGCACCAACCACCUGAGCCUUCCGACAGGGGAGUCUGUCUUCUACCGCCAAGCUGGAGAGUCUAACAAGAACACCAUCCUCCUGCUUCACGGCUUCCCAAGCUCGUCCCAUCAGUUCCGCAACCUCAUACCUUUGCUGGCCAGCAAGCACAGGGUGAUCGCUCCCGACCUGCCGGGGUAUGGGUUUACCACCGUUCCCGCUGGGUACACGUACACGUUCGACAACCUCGCGGAGACGAUCAAGUCCUUCGUGAAGACGAUCGCAAAUCCGCCUGCGAAGUAUGUGAUCUACAUCUUCGAUUACGGUUCUCCUACCGGACUGCGUCUCGCUCUCUCGGACCCACACGCCGUGAGCGGCAUCAUCAGCCAGAACGGCAACGCAUACGAAGAGGGAUUCACGUCCUUUUGGGAUACGCUGAAAAAGUACUGGAUCUCCGGAGCUCAGGAAGACAGGGACGCACUCCGCUCGCUCUUUACAGCAGACACAACCAAGUUCCAGUACACGGCCGGCACGCCGCAAGCCAAGCUCGCGUCGAUCGCGCCGGAGUCCUACACUCUCGACCAGGUCGGCUUAGACCGCCCGGGUAACGCCGAGAUCCAGCUGGAUCUGUUCUACGAUUACAGGAAGAACGUCGACUUGUAUCCCAAGUUCCAUGAGUACUUCCGUGAGACCCAGGUACCGCUGCUUGCUGUCUGGGGAAAGAACGAUCCCAUCUUUGGGCCUGCGGGCGCGGAGGCGUUCAAGAAGGAUCUGCCGAAUGCCGAGGUGCAUCUGCUCGACGCGGGUCAUUUUCUGCUUGAGACGAACUUGGAGGAGAUUGCCAAACUCAUGGUUGAUUUCCUUGAUCGUCACCAGAUCUAG